UCCCGGCGCCGGGCUUCCUUUGUCGCACGGACCUAUAGUUCCGGCCGUGGCGCGCGGGCGGAAAGUUUACGCGGACGGACUGUGCCGGCGAUGGGCUCGGGAGGUGUGUUUGCUGAUGGACCCAAAUGCAUCAGUAAGGAGAAAGAGCCAGCUCUAGAGGUGUCUGCAGAGAAGGCAAGGCUGCCAGCUAUGGUCACCCAUUCCAGUGUUACAGCAAAUUUCAUGGGCCAGAAGUGCUUUCUUAAACCUGAUCUAAAUCUGUCCUGUUUCCAGGUGAGGGUAGUACUCCCUAUGAUCCCCAACUUUGAAUAACACAAAGGCCGCUAUGCAUGAAUGGGACUGCCAGGAGAGCUGAAUAAACUCUGUAUGUGGGCAGAGGCAUAGGAGUCCCUGGUAUCUCUGCUCGAAUGAGCACUUCUCUGUUUUUAGCUGUCUGUUUGCAUUCUGACUGGGAACAUUGGGAUCGUUUUCAUCAUGCCAACAGUGGUGGUAAUGGACGUAUCCCUUUCCAUGACCCGACCUGUGUCUAUCGAAGGGUCUGAGGAAUAUCAGCGCAAGCACCUCGCAGCCCAUGGUUUGACAAUGCUGUUUGAGCACAUGGCCACAAAUUACAAGCUAGAGUUUACAGCCCUGGUGGUUUUUUCAUCACUCUGGGAGUUGAUGGUGCCCUUCACAAGAGAUUAUAACACCUUACAGAAACAGGUUGUUCUAGUGACAGAUGGCUGCCUUGGCAUUGGUAGAGGGUCACUGCGUCAUUCCCUAGCUACUCACAGUCAGCGAAGCGAGAGCAACAGGUUUCCACUACCUUUUCCUUUUCCAUCUAAGUUAUACAUCAUGUGCAUGGCAAAUUUGGAGGAGCUUCAGAGCACUGAUUCCUUGGACUGCCUUGAACGUCUCAUAGAUUUAAACAAUGGUGAAGGGCAGAUUUUUACUAUUGAUGGUCCCCUGUGCUUGAAAAAUGUACAGUCUAUGUUUGGAAAACUGAUUGAUCUGGCAUACACACCUUUCCAUGCUGUUCUCAAGUGCGGCCACCUGACUGCCGAUGUGCAAGUCUUCCCCAGGCCAGAGCCUUUUGUGGUAGAUGAGGAAAUCGAUCCUAUCCCCAAAGUCAUUAACACAGAUGAAAAUUCAGCCAAUCAGAUUGCAGGCAAAAUACCCAACUUUUGUGUGCUGCUCCAUGGCAGCCUAAAAGUGGAAGGAAUGGUGGCAAUAGUUCAAUUAGGUCCUGAAUGGCAUGGAAUGCUCUACUCCCAAGCUGACAGCAAGAAGAAAUCAAACCUCAUGAUGUCUCUCUUUGAGCCUGGCCCAGAACCUCUCCCAUGGCUAGGGAAAAUGGCACAGUUGGGUCCUAUUUCAGAUGCCAAAGAAAACCCUUAUGGUGAGGAUGACAAUAAGAGCCCAUUCCCCCUGCAGCCCAAAAACAAACGCAGCUAUGCCCAGAAUGUGACUGUCUGGAUCAAACCCAGUGGCCUGCAGACAGAUGUACAGAAGAUUUUAAGAAAUGCAAGGAAACUACCUGAAAAAACACAGACAUUCUAUAAGGAGUUGAACCGUUUACGAAAGGCUGCCCUGGCUUUUGGUUUCCUGGACCUGCUCAAAGGGGUGGCUGACAUGCUGGAAAGGGAGUGCACGCUGCUGCCCGACACAGCCCACCCUGAUGCUGCAUUCCAGCUGACCCACGCUGCCCAGCAGCUCAAGCUGGCCAGUACUGGCACCUCCGAGUAUGCCGGCUAUGACCACAACAUCACACCUUUGCAGACAGACUUCUCUGGGAGCAGCGCUGAAAGAAUGUGAAGCUGACUUUGGUAGCCUGCCUUCUUUUUCCAUUUCAAGUGAGAAUGAUUUAGGAUAAAAACUUUUCCAAUCUGUUCACCUCUGCAAUACCCACCCAAGGACCUCCCUGAGGCUGCCUCAGAAGCACCACUUGCUGGUUUGAAUGACUGCUACAGUCUGACAAGGGUACUGAAGGGUGGUUGGCUGCCUGGGCUUUGACUUUAGCUUUCCGGGGCUCAGUCUUUUUUAAGCCCAAAGACCCCUGUUGCUCCCACGAUGGGUAGAUCUCCUGAGAAGCUUGAAGGACUGAUGAGCACAGAGCUCUCCCCCUUCCUCAGGAAACCUAAGAAAGGCUCCUCUGGCUUCCUGAGGCAUCUUCUCUCUCAAUCACAAGGACAUUUUCAAGCGCCUAUCCUUGGAAUGAGCAACCCAGACUGUCUGGGACUUGUUAAGUACAAGCCUUAUACCACUAAGUUUCGGAACUUUUCUUAGAACUUGGGCAUAACUUGGGUCUUAGGUGCUUUUGGUAUAUCUUUUAAACAGCAUCCAUAAAUGUAUAAAAUUAUUCCUGUUUCUUCAAGGUUUUUUUUAAUGAAAAUAAAAUACUUGAUUUUCUAUAAAAUGGUUUUACAGGAAAACAAAUGGGUUUUUGCCUUUUGGUCCAUCCUACCUUCUGGAUAUAAUUUCAGCUUCCUGUGUGGCAAACAUUCAUAAAUCAUGAGGGCUCCUUGGGUUCCAUACUAACUUCCUGGUUUCUGACACUGAUUAGGCCUCAUUAUAGAAGCGAGGUUCCAUCCAGGUAGAUUCUGACAGGUCAUUGCAGUCAGCUAUGAUUCCAAUUCACCAGGCAACUUCAUGACCUUGGGCAAGUCCUAUAACUUGUCUAGGUUUUAUUUACAUUGUCAAUGAUUUUCAAAUUGCUCUGUGGCCCACCUAAGGUAUUACUCCCUCCGUCUUCAACCUGAGGAGCCACGUUUGGUUUAACAUGCUGAACUGCUAUAAAUUUUGUCUGAACAGAGGACUUUAUUACUAACAAUGUGCAAACCGUUAGAGUAAAUGAUCUUUAAAACACCAGUUACUAGGAUUUUGACUGCAAAUGUUUAAUAGAAAUAAACAAUCUUUUGCUUUCUCAGACAGCAACAAAAGGGCUUAUAAGAACACAAGAUCCUGCCACAGAUGCAGCAUAAUCUACUGCACAGCUUAUCUGCCCAAUUACACACAGAAAGUCAGUUGAAA